CUUCUCCUCCCUUUUUUAUUUAUUUAUUUUUCUAUCGUCCUUUCGCCCGUUACACCAGACAAUUCGCGCAAUUUUAAUCACUUUGCAUCGGGUCGUCGCCGCUAGCAGACCUGCGCUCGAAUGGUCCACGGGUUUUCCCGCGCAAAAUCUUCUCUGCUGGACCUGCUGCAGCUCUCCGACGGCGUCUACUCCCUUGAGCCGCUCCUGUUGAGAGGGACGUGGGGGGACAUACUUACUGUAAGUAGCAAUCUCAUAUGGCUGUAGCGGGUGUAUGUACAUGUGAGUCAACAAUGUGACGUUCUCCAGGACACGUCACGGCAGUGGAUCAACGUCCACCCGCGGUGCAAACGACAUCGACGGCGGCGGCCGAGGAGGCAUCGGGACAGCGCCCGACCUCAAAGCGGCCAACACCAACACCUGCUCCACACCUCACGUCGGCGGGAUUGGCGUGUGGCGGCUCGCAGUACCGGACAACACGGCUCCUGGCUCCGCGGCGAACAUCUGCAGCGGCGGACUGCGGCUGCAGAUGCCGCCCUACCCCACGAACACGUGAGAGGCGGCGUCGGGACGUCUGCGGUGCUGCUCGUGUCGGCGGAACCGCCACUUCUCACAAGGACGCACUCGUCGGGUCCCAUCACUGAUAGGUACACAGCCGUUGCGAACCGUAUUGUGUACAUUUUAACUAACACGUGUCCCGGUCAUUAAACAGUCUUAAAACUCUUCACUCAUGUGUGAAUCGUGCACUUGUAACGCACGAAUGUCGGCAGGCUAAGACAUCUUCUGUGCUUAACGUAGCCUAUCCACAAGCCAGUUCAGUAUAAACUAACUAUUAAAACAAAUAGUAACUAAUGGGAUCAAAUAACAUCAGAUAUUAAAUAAUAAUAUAGUAACUUAGGCUAACCAUUCAAUAACUUUCAAAGUGAAAUUGUUACAUCUUAACAAUAGGUAUCAUUAGCUAGAUAACAUUCAAGCUUAACUUUAACUAAACUGAUUUUUAUGUUAAUGAAAGGGUUUGUGUACAUCAUUGUUAAGCAUCCUUAUGCCUUCAGGUUGUACCUGUUUUAUUCUAUGUACAAUUUCAUUAUGCAUCUCGUACAUUUCCAUAAGCAUCAUCUCACAAUCUUUCAUAACUUCAUAAUAUCAACAAUUGAUAAAAUUAAUAAUUCUCACUAACAUCUCAUAUCAUAUACAUAAAAUCAUAUUUACAAUAUCACUUCAAGGAACAUUUCAUAUAUUACAUCAUUAAAAGCAUUUGUUUAUGUUAGCAAACAAAUCAACAAUAGUUUUGAUUUCGUUUAAGUACACGCAUCAUGUGUAACUUGUGCUUGGAAAGGGAACGCACAGUGUUUCCUUUUUUUUUAUCUCUCUUUUAUCGCAGCUUUUCGCUCGGCGAAGGCGGCCUUUCUUUUUCUUUUAUUUUACUCGAGUGUCUGGUGAACUUUUAUUUCUACCAUUUCUCGCAAGGUCUUCGUUUGACAUCAUAUUCGCCUACUCGACGAUUACAAACAUAAACAAACAAAAUCUCAAGUGCCACGUUGAAUGAAAUUACAAGUCUUUUGUAUAGUUUUUUUUUUCACAAUAAAUAACACAAAGUCGCUCGUAUAUAUCUUGUUAUCAUUUCAUAAAUAUCAUUAUUUAAAAUAACCAAUCAAAUUAAUUUAAAGAAAUAGCUUUCUAAUACUGAGUGGAUUUGUAUGCGAAAGGAAUGCAUACUUUUCUACUCUGCAUUCAGGGCAGAAUGCAACCCUAUGAGAUCGUUUGCAAAGCCCUACUUCAAUCAUAGAAUUCGUGUAAAACAAAAGUAUUACAUUUGCAAAAAAAAAGAAUAUUUUUUUUUUUUUAUCUUCUUCUGCAGCAGUGUUUGAUAACAGAAAAUGAUAAAUCUCGGCGAUUCUUAAUAAAUUCAGUGGUGUGUUGUGCUUCGGAAAAAAUGGAGUAACCACAUCAGUAAUUCAAGAUGUUUCAGAGGGGUAUGUCCUGACUCUGACUUGGACCAACUGUAUGUCCUGACACAAAAAUAUAAAGGUUGAGGAGACGAGAGGUCACCGGGCGGACGGGCGGUGAACACGCUAACCUGCACAGUUACGAGAGCGACACGUACCGGACUGCGAGAUGCACGACAGCAGGAAGUCCUUGUCCUUGGCCUCCGUCUGCAGGAUGUCCCGCAGUAUGGCCACCAUGUGGGCGUGAGCGCGCGCCUUGGCCCGCAUGUAGUAGGUGGCCACGCUGCAACAAGGACGAGCACGCUCGGGCACCGGCCGGGCACGACACACGGACACACGGACACACGGGACACACGGACGCUCGCAGGGCAGGCCGGUCACCUGAGCGCGACCAGCAGCAAGGCCAACACGCCCGGCCGCACCAGGAAGAACACGAUGUUCCAGAAGAUGCUGUCCUGCUUCAGGUCCAGCACGCCAGUGAGGAUCAUCUCGUACAUGUAGUCGUAGUCCCUGAACGGACCACAUGUCUGCGACGUCUGCACUCUGCGCACACACACCGCACCAACCCGGUUGUGAGAUGCAGGAUUGGUAAUGGCUCACAUGCACGUGGCACUAGCUCAGACUUAUUACAUGUCCAGUAGUUCACUUGCUGAUAGCCUGACCCCUCUCGUCCUGCUACGAACGGUCUGUUGAACCGCAACUUUGGAGGCCCUGUGGUGUGGCAAAGCCUCUCACUGGAAACCAAACCAACAGCAGAACUGCAGGAUGAUGGUGGUACACAGAUGUAGUGCAACUCAGUGAUGGCCCAAUAAAGCCAACUGCGAUACAUGUUCCGAAAACUAAUAUGUUUCCAAUCACAUACCUGUAACCCAAUAUUUCUAAUGGUUUAAAAAUUUGGUCACUGAAUGUAUUAGGAACACUAGUGCUGGAAAAUAUCAUGUUAUUGAUUUUGUUAAACUUGAAGACAAAUUUUAUAAGGUCUAUUUUCUACAUUACCACUCGUAUACUGUUGACGUUCAAAACUGGACGUGCAUGGUACAGAUAAAACUAGGUAACUAUCCAUCAAAACAGUAUGUUUAGUAUAUUUAUAUCACUAGGAUGCUCAGUACAUAAGUACAAAUAAAAUAUAUUUGGUUUAAACAUUUAAAAAAAUAUUCUCAAAAACACAGUGUUUUCAACACCAUGUUAAGAAAUCCCUGACUGGUCACAAUCUGCCGAAACACUGAUAACAUGCAGCACACAUCUGACAGUGUUCAGAUUCACAUCAACAGCAUGCACAGUCAUCCUAGAACUUGUAAAACCAUCCUCUUGAACUGUGUGGAGCUUGACCUCUUUGAGAAGUGCGGCACAGCCCUGGUGCUCCAGUCGGGCCUGCUGGUGCACUGCCCCAGUGCACCAGUCGGGCCUGCCGGUGCACUGCCAAGGUGCACCAGUCGGGCCUGCCUGCGGUGCACUGCCCCGAUGCACCAGUCGGUCCUGCCGGUGCACUGCCCUGGUGCACCAGUCGGGCCUGCUGGUGCACUGCCCCGGUGCACCAGUCGGGCCUGCCGGUGCACUGCCCCGGUGCACCAGUCGGGCCUGCCUGCGGUGCACUGCCCCGAUGCACCAGUCGGUCCUGCCGGUGCACUGCCCUGGUGCACCAGUCGGGCCUGCCGGUGCACUGCCCUGGUGCACCAGUCGGGCCUGCCUGCAGUGCACUGCCCUGGUGCACCAGUCGGGCCUGCCUGCAGUGCACUGCCCUGGUGCACCAGUCGGGCCUGCCGGUGCACUGCCCUGGUGCACCAGUCGGGCCUGCCGGUGCACUGCCCUGGUGCACCAGUCGGGCCUGCCUGCAGUGCACUGCCCUGGUGCACCAGUCAGUCCUGCCUGCAGUGCACUGCCCUGGUGCACCAGUCGGUCCUGCCGGUGCACUGCCCUGGUGCACCAGUCGGGCCUGCCGGUGCACUGCCCCGGUGCACCAGUCGGGCCUGCCGGUGCACUGCCCCGGUGCACCAGUCGGGCCUGCUGGUGCACUGCCCCGGUGCACCAGUCGGGCCUGCCGGUGCACUGCCCCGGUGCACCAGUCGGGCCUGCCGGUGCACUGCCCCGGUGCACCAGUCGGGCCUGCUGGUGCACUGCCCCGGUGCACCAGUCGGUCCUGCCGGUGCACUGCCCCGGUGCACCAGUCGGGCCUGCCGGUGCACUGCCCCGGUGCACCAGUCGGGCCUGCUGGUGCACUGCCCCGGUGCACCAGUCGGUCCUGCCGGUGCACUGCCCCGGUGCACCAGUCGGGCCUGCCGGUGCACUGCCCCGGUGCACCAGUCGGGCCUGCCGGUGCACUGCCCUGGUGCACCAGUCGGGCCUGCCGGUGCACUGCCCCGGUGCACCAGUCGGGCCUGCCUGCGGUGCACUGCCCCGAUGCACCAGUCGGUCCUGCCGGUGCACUGCCUUGGUGCACCAGUCGGGCCUGCUGGUGCACUGCCCUGGUGCACCAGUCGGGCCUGCUGGCUUGAGCAUACCUGUCAAUUCUGCCAAAGAUAGUGUGGAACUGACAAGUAGCCCUGCCAUUACACUUCUUCAAACUUGUUGACCAUACAGAUCACUAGCAUCUGCACCAGUAGGAUGGCAGGAAGGGUGCCAGACAAGUGGUAACAGCACAGAGAGAUCCUCUGGCUCUGAUGUGCGGUCGGUGAAGACAAGAGCGCUCUAUCAGCCUUUCUGCAGUCCUCGCAAUGUGGUUGCCAAGCAGACUGUAGUGAACAAAAUUAUUAUAGCUGUGUAUCCAACAUCUUUAAAGUUGUAUCAAAUAAAUAGCAGAAAUAAAAAAGUAAUAUUUAGGGCCUGGAAUUUUUCGCAAUCGCGAAUUUUGCAAAAAUUCGCAUGAAAACGCGAAAAGUACAUUCGCGAAAACCACAACAUUUAUAUAUUACACUGCGAAUAUAUCCCAGAAAAGUACCAUUACAGUAGAAUCCCGCCGAUGCGACCCCCCUCUGAUGCGUUCAUUCCGUUUAUACGACCGUUUUUUGAGAAACCGUGAAAAAUUUGAGCAGAGAAAGUCGAAAAUUUUAGUAAAAUCGGCUGAAAAACAAGUCCGUUACACUUUUUUGGGUGCUAUGUGUUCACGUUUAUCUUGGUGAGAGCUGUACUGUAAGCAGACAGGCAUACAAAAGACAGCUAAAAAUAGAUACCACCCCUCUAGACUGUCCACGCGGCAGUGUCUAGCCGAGCUCGGCGCGUCCACUAUCGCACGAAAAGCCGUCUCAGCUGUCAUGUUAUCUUACCCGCCUGCACGAAAAGCCGCUGUGGUAGCUUCUGCGAGAGCGUAAGAAACUCGUGUGGCCAGGCUGGCGGUAGUGGCGGCUUUACGUCAUACGUGACGUGACGCUUACCUCUCCCAUCCCCUGCUAAUUCUUCAAGGCUCAUCCCUCCCAGAGUCACAAACCAUGUAAAAAAAAAAACCCUCCCCUUUUACCAAAUAACAUUUCAACACAUUCCCUCCCUUAUUUCAACCUUCUGCGUGAGAAACUGUCAGCAUCCUUCUCCCCUCCCACACCGCGUGCGACAAAAGCCAGGUUGUAUAGUCCAUUCUCGGUCAAAUAAAUAUUUUUAUGGGCUUAUAUGACUGUCCUUCGCCGUUAAUAAAUACUUUAUAAGUUUAAGUUAUUAUGAAACAAUUUGUUUAUUAGUCACACAGCAGUUUCUGCUGAAAAAUCACUAAUACCUCGAACUUUAUUGAAUAAAAAAUUUAGCAGGGUCGUAAAUAUAUUUAUUUUACUGCAUAGUUACUUUUCCAUCUGCAUUCCAACGUUUUUUUUCUUUUUUUUUUACGCUGUGAAGGGACGUGGACAAGAUAAUUGCUUGAGCUGUCAAAAUAAACAUCGCUGACGGCAAGGGCGGGAGCGCAUCCUGUCGGUCUGUUGCUGUGAUUAUCUACUCCAAAAACAUGUCACAGCAUUUCAGGAUAGCAUUGUUCUUAUAUCUUUCGUUUAUAGCCGAAUGUUUUCUACCUGAUCCACACAAGUUCCUUCGCCAUGUUUUGAACGAAAAUAACCACCAGCCGGCUAGCAUAGCCAAACUCAGGUGACGCAAUUUCACUUAGCGCGAGUAUUUAUCGGAACCCAUUGUUCAGGGUAUGCGAGUCCGAGGUGUAAAAUGAAUUUUAAAAAGUUGUCUUUUUUACUCCAUAGACUAUUUGAUAAUGAAAUCUAUGCGAACAAAGGUGAUUUUUUAUGUAUUUGGAUAUAUAUGGGGGGGGGGGGGAAUUGGCCCGAAUUCUCGCGGGAUUCUACGUAUUUGCAGAUCACUAAUACUCACAUAAGGUUAAAGUAUCAUUUAACACAAAAAAUUCCAUUGAAAAACACCUAAAUUCGGCUAAGCAUGUGGCAUCGGCAGCAGAAAAAAAAAGAAAAUUUGUAGUUGCAAACAACUAUAGCAACGUGUCUGUUUUGUGUAACUGUUUUGGAUUUAAUUGGCUGUUAUUAUGCAGAUUAGUCUAUUCCUAGUAUACAUGGAUUGUUUAUUAAAUAUGUAAACUAUUUAAUUCAAUAACUGCACAAUUUUGUCAACAUUUAAAAUACCGGUAAAAUAUCCAUUGCAUAACGAAAAUACCGACUUUAAACCACCGCUUUUCUAAUUUGAAAGUACCGCUUUUUGCAUACUGAAAACACCGAAAUUUUCCAGGCCCUAGUAAUAGCUAAUAUAAUAUUACUAAAAAGCAAGAACACUAAUGCACUUAAACCUAUACUAAUAUACAAAUAAGGCACCUCAAAUAUAGCUUAAAUGAUGGUAACUGCUACACGUGCACAGAACACCGCCGAACUGCAACUAGGGUCUGCAGUUUGACUGGUCUAGGGCUAUCAUAAUUCAUGAACUCCUGCACGAACGGGCAACGGAAAAGCAGGUAAUCUUGUUCAAGCAGGGGCCGCUGCGACUUUCAUAAGCCAGCAAUCCACAAAUUACAAAACAAAUGUUGCUGUUGAAAGAUAGAGCCACCAAUGACAUUUUUAUUCCCAGGAGAAUGCUCCUGGCAAUACUCACCAUCAAGAUAACUAGUUUUGGUUUUGAUCAGUCUAGAUCGGGUGUACUAAACUACGGUGCUCUAUAAGAAACGAACCACCAGGGGGACAGCCCAAGACUCCACUGUGUGCAGGCUAAGGCGGGAAGGGGCCACGAACCUGGUGACGAUGUAGCCGUGGAGAAUGAAGACUCCGAGCAGAGAGAGGAACGCCAGGCAGAGGAAGAGCGUGUGUGUCUGCGCAGCACGCCACGAGCGAUGCGAGGGCACGCAGCUCUUCAGCGCUCCCACCUGCACACGCCACACCACCCCGACAAGCGACACUCGUCACUUUCCGGCUUCUCCUUGUGAUUGCCAACCUCCCCUCCACAACAAGCAGCAGUGUAACAGAUAACUCAGUAGGCAUUUUAUCUAAUAUUACCUUUUUAUUGUUACGAUUUUUCUUUUAUUCCAAAACCAUAUAGGCCUAGGCCUUGGUUAAUUUCAACAUUAAAAACACUUAUUGUGAUUUAUCAUACAUGUAAAUAUGAAGUGACCAACGUUUUAGAUUUUUUAACACUUUGGGUACUGCCGAUUUUUACUAAACCAUUUGACGUUACUACAGUUCUGUUCACACGAUGAGGUUACUCCAUUACUCACCAUUCGACUAAAUUACUGGCCUUAAUGAAAACCAGCCUUUACAACUAAUGACAAAACACUUUUCAGCCAUGAAAACAGACAAUGAUGCUUUGCAAAGUCGCCCAUAAGACACAUGUGACCUACCAAAAAUAAAUCUGUACUUCUCUAAUGCUUAUGGAACUAGGAAAACUAUUGUCCUACUUUCAAACCAAACAACCAUAGCAAAAUAUACAAAAGAAAAUCGUAAAAGCACAUAAAAAAUGAGUAAGCAAAAUUUACGGAAAAAUAUCUUUAAACAACACACUCUUCUCUACAGGUUCUCCCACCACGUACCUAACUAUUCCCUUCAUGCAAUAGGAAUUUUCAUAACGCUCAAAAAUUGUAGCCCCCUCAGCAAAGAAGUUUCAACUAAAAAAUGUAAAUUUGAGACAAAUAUUUUUUUAAAAGUUUGUCUGCUGUUACAAAUCUCUGACGUACAGCAGGCCAUUCCAAAUUGGCAUCUUUUCCAUUGUUUUGAAACAUUAACAGCAGAAGAAAUGUGUUUUCCGGUUGUGUAAUUAUGUACAAUUAACCUUACAUAAAAAAAAAUGCACAAAUAUAAAAAUAAGAGUACGCUGGGAAGUGUUUGCAAUAUAAUGUUACGUAACUUUAUGUACCAUUUAUGCUAGCUGCAUAUGUAGAAUAUGUAACGGUAGUAAUUUAACAAAUAGUAAAUACAUUGACUAGACUGAAAUAAUCUUGUUAACAAUAUAUAAAUACAUAUAUAAUUGGCACCCACAUGUACGUAGAUUACGUACGAAACUAUGAACCCAAUAUGAUGGCUUGAGACAUACUUAUUAUUCAGAAAUCCUACAAUCUACCACACUACAUACCACUGACAAGGAAGCGAGAUCAACAUGCAGCCUUAGAGAUAAGCUGGACAGGACAACACUGACAGUGGAACCUACCAGUAUCAUCCUCUGGACUGAACUGUAUCCACCAGAUAUCUCAGUAACAAACCCUAGAGCGACGGAUUCAGACACACGAUGAUAUCUGUGUAGCUAAUCCCACGUGCUCCACAAACCAGUCUACGAACGCACAAGAACACACUUCGGCCCAACUACAUUCUUAAGCACAGUUAUGUUUAACCGAAACUACAAAAUACAAGACAUUCAAAUUAAUAUAAGCUGCAAUUCAGACAUAAAACCAAGCUAAACAGUUGUCCAUUGUGCAGUAUCAAAUUAGCACCUCAAAACCACACUCGGUGAACUCGAGAGGAAGGCAGUGUUAGUGAGGUGAGUGACCAAUCACACAAGAGAACAACUAAGGGAUAGGGAUGUGAUAUGUACCUGUAGGAGUCUGAGCCAGUGAAGAGGGCACGGGGCACCCGCCCGGUGAGACUCCGGUCUCAUUUCCCCCUCCCCUUUCCUGCCUAUUAUCUUCCCAUGAUGCUUCCAAUAAACAAGACACCAGUUUGCUACCAACUCUAUCAUAACCUAACUUUUAAGUUGAUUUAGGAAUACCAAAAUGUUUGUGUGUACAAUUUUGAAGGAUUAAAAUUAUAGUAAAUCUGCGGUAAUAGAUGCAAAUGAAACAAUGAAAAAAAUUAAACAGAAAACCUUGGUGAUCAGUGAAUGAAUGAAUUUGUACUCUUCCACGUGUAUCGGCUUGUAGAGUUUGGUUGAAAAAAAAAGCACAUCAAUAAGCCAGAAAAUUGGGAAUAAUGAAAGAUUCUGAUGUCAAACAGUUGAAUUGGUACAUCACUAUGUACUCAGUAUGCUACCACAGGCAAUUAAAAAAAUUAAUCCAAAGGCUAGAAAACUAGAGACAAUUUAAUAACCAACACUAAAAUGAUCAGGGCCAAAACUCUACAACAGAAUUCAGCUAAGAAUAUGUUUCCUCAAUAACACUGUGCCCGAAGCUGUCUCAUUACCUUACGGACAUAAAACAUGACGUACAUCUUGCAGACGACGACGGCGGACAGCAUGGGGCUGAAGUAAAACCCAACAAAGAACAACGUCUGAUUGUAGAUGAGGUUCAGUGUGUUGCGAGCAACGUCGAACUCUGGGGCGCCCACCGCUCUCCAAAACCUACACACAGUAGGACAUAACAUGUUAUACAGACUGUGUUAUAAAACUCAUUAUUUGUUGGUCAAUAAGAAAUGGCUUGUGGUAACUAGAAAUAGUACAGGUCUAGUAAAACCAGUAAUGCUUGAUGUCUGCAUGCAGUAGACAGAAGCCCUGCACCUGAUUGGAGGCCAGGACAGAGCUGCGACACCUGACUGCGAGAUGCCUGCGGUGACUGUGAUACCUUGCAAUACUGAGAAACCAUACAAAUUAUUCCUUUUUCAAAAAAUUCUUUUAAAAGCUAGGGAAGGCAGGGUAUUGCAAAGUUACAAUUGGGGUUAAAUUUUAAUUACUUUAUAUAUAUAGAGUGAUUGCACCUGUGACAACGAAACUGGUUUUUUAAAUUUUAUUUUAUUAAAAAAAUUUACAUUAUCAUAAUUAAUAGUAAAAAAUAUCAAUUAAAUGAAGGAAAAAUACUAAAACUUUCUAUACAGGCAAAUAAGAAACUUUAUUAAAACUCAGACUCCACUUUUGACGAGGCGUUAACACAAGCCUUCACUCUACUAAGGAAACCAGACCUCACGUAAUAACUUAAACUCACCAAGCAGAACACAGCUUUUAUAAAUAUAUUUUAAUAAAGUCAUUGUGUGGAUAGUAGAAAAAGAAGUACCUUUUUCCAGGAAUAUAUUUUUUUUAAACAAUGUCACUGAUGCUUAAGAUUAGGUACUAUACAUCAAGAGGAAAAAAGAUUGUUUAAUAUAAAACAUUCAGUAUAAAUGUUAAAAGUCUGUGUAAGUUACACAAGAUAUUAGACUAGUCAUAUUUCAGAAAAAUACAAUGAAAAUGAAACAUGACCACAA